CGGAGAACGACACCAGAUCAUUGUCUUACAGUGACCAAGGUUUCCAAGUUACAACAAAAAAUAAGUAUUUAUAUAGUAAAUGUGGAGUUCAGUGCCUCAGAUAAUGUGAGCAACGAUUAUUAAUUAUGUGGACUGUUUUAAGUUUGUUAUCUUUUUUGACGGUUUGUCAUGCAGCAACCUGGCAAAUAACGCCAUUCAACACAUCGGCUGUCACGGGAGAGAACGGUACCUUGGCUUGUAUAGUAAUAAAAGCUAACGGAGAAAACGUACAGUGGAAGAGAGUGGUAGGCAGUUCAGUUACAGCUAUAACUCUAGAUAAUACCAUCUUAGCCAGUGACAAGAGCAAGUAUGCUGUGGCUGGGACGUACAAUCUAACAGUCACCAAUGUACAGGCGUCAGAUGAAGGCAUCUAUCAGUGUGUUGUAGGGGCUACCACAAAUCAGGCUUCUCUACAAGCUGUGGCUUUACCUACAAAUGUAUCCACCUAUUGGGAGACAUCCCCAACCAUUGGGAACAUUGUCAACAUCACUUGCAGGGCAACAUAUGGCAAACCUCCUCCAUAUUUGAGGAUUUACAAAGAUAACAUGGACAUCACACAUCUAGCUUAUUAUUACACAGAAAAUACCAGAUCAAGCGGAUACGGAGACGCUGUCGCCAGUGCCGCUUUAACUUUGACCUCACUUGAUGUAAACAAAGACAUACGUUGUGAAGUUGAAUAUGAUGGUCUUUACAAUGUUAUGAACUACACAAUGAACACAAAUCUCAAUGGUGGAUCAUCCAUAAAAGUACAUGGUUUUGGCUCUGUGAUAAUGUUAGUGAUGGUAGUAAUUAUUCAGGCUAUGUAGACUGAAAACAUUGAUGUGACAUCUGCGAUGGUUCCCUGUACAACUUUAUAUCUGACUUUGAUUAUCAAUGAACUGUGUGUUUCUUAAUAAGUAAUACACAGUUAUAAAUUUCAAUAAUUCAAUUACUCUGUAAUUUAAAAAAAAAACCCGAGGGAAGCAAUGACUGCUUUGAUUUCGCUUCUGAAUGUCCUCUGAUCCUACAUUUCUAUUGCGUUCCUCAGUGGUAGAAUUCUGAUUCUCAAUGUGGUUAGUAAAGGAUGGAUUCUAUGGAAGGACAUGAGGAUAUUACUUCUACAAAUGCAAAAUCACUUAAUGUGUUUAUUGAUAAUCAAUAAGGGAUUGUUCACCUCUGACUACGGUUCGUUUUCGCUCUUCUAAAGAACGAGAUAUGUUUGAAUACUAUUUAGAACUCAUAAGAAGGAUCGUUGUCACGGAAUAGAAGUUCCUUCAUAAUGUAAGUUUCAAAUGGAAAAAAUAUUCUGGAAUAUUACUUCCACAGGAAUAAAUGUUACAGUAGAUGUUCCUAACAGAAUAAAUAGUAUAGAAUAUUUGUUCCAUCAGGUACAGGUAUUAUGGCAUUGUUUAUAAUAAAGUUUCCACUGGAACUGCCUUCUGUUAGGUGGAACAAAUAUACGUUGACAGGGUUUGUGAUAAAACUUUCGUUACUUGGAAUUAAUGACUUGUUGUCACGUGUAAUACCAUUGUAUUUUCCAAAUAAAGAUAACAAAACGGU